GUGGAGUCCCCUUCUCUGGAGAUCUUCAAGCCCCGCCUGGAUGCCAUCCUGAGUGAUGUGCUCUGGGCAGCCCUGCUUUGGCAGGGGAGUUGGACUGGAGGAUCCCUAGAAGGUCCAACAAUUCCAUGGUUCUGUGACAGGGGGACAGGUUUUGGAAAUGCUCCUCGCCCCAUGCCAGCUGCCUCUAAAACAAACUCUCGGUGGAGAGAAGGUUUCUCUGGGAAGAAAAGAAAGGGCUCAGCAGGGAGAGGCCUGCAGAGACCCCACUGUGACCGGUCCCCCCUCAGGUUCAGGGGUGCUGUGGGCCUGACCUCCCUCUGCCAGGAUCUUGCUGCAGAUCCGGGGCUAGGCCACUGCUCCCCACCUUGCUCUGGAUGUCUCCAUAUUCUUGAAAUACCAGCUCCCUCUCCUAGCACCCAGCUCUGUCACCGGUGACGCUGGAGAGCCAGCCGCCGGGCGGAUGUGUGCCCCACGGGGGGAUCCCUGCUACCUUCAUCAUCGUCACCCCCUCCUGAGCGGCCAGGGUACAAAAGGAGGCCGGGAGCAGCGGGGUCAGCAGGUUCAGACUCGGCCAGAAGGCGAAGGAGGCAACCACCAGCUCCAGGCAUCCCGCUGCCGGCACCAUGACCAUCUUCUGCAGCCACUGCCACCGGCCACUGCAGGCGGAGACGAGCUGCCUGCCCAGGAGGGACAACCAGGCACCCAGUGCUUCCAAGCCCUUCAGGUCAACCAAGAGUGCCUCCAAGGCUCGUCGGGACCAGAUCAACGUGGAGCUGCAGGCGCUGCGUUCCUUGCUGCCCAUCUCCGCCCGGGAGAAGGAGCGGCUCUCCUACCUCCACACCAUGGCCCUGGUGUGCCUCCGGCUGCGGGGGGCUCAGCUCUUCCCUCCAGACUCAGCUCCUCCAGCGGGACCCGGCCUUGGCGCAGAGCUGCUCUCCCUGCUGCCGGGGUUUCUGCUUGUGCUCUCAGCCAACGGCAAGCUGGUCUACAUCUCGGAGAACGUGGCUCAGGUCCUGGGCCUCUCCAUGGUGGAGCUGCUGGCCCAGGGGGACACGGUCUUCGACAUCCUAGAUGGGCGAGCGCACGAGGAGGUGCGCAAGAAGCUCCUCCUUGCCCAGGAGGAGCCCGGCAGGGAAGUCACGUUUGUGGGCGAGAUGCGGACGUCCAAGGCCUUGAGGCUGCAGCACGGGGGGAAUCAGGCCGUGGCAGUGCGUGGGCGCUUCACAGCCCUGCGCUGGCCGGCCUCCCCCUCCGCCACAGCCUUCCUGGCCCUCUGCACCCCCGUCGCACGGUUGCCUGCGGACGGUGACGCUGGUUCCCAGGACCACCUCUUCCAGAGCACCCACAUGCUAGACAUGACGUUUACCGACGUCACGGAGAGUGUCACCUACCACCUCGGCUACCGCAGGGAGGAACUGAUCGGUCAGUCAUGGUACAACCUCCUGCACCCCGAGGAUGCUGACCUAGCGGCCGCCCAACACAGGGCCGUGGCAUUUGGGGCUGGGGCCGCAGCAGAGACAGCAGUGCUGCGCCUGCUGCGCAGGGACCGGACCUGGGCCUGGCUCGGUGUGUUGGCGCAGCGGGACUGCAGGGACCACUCCAUCACCUGCACCAGCCGCUGCCUCAGGGAGGAGGAGGCGGCCUACCUACGUGCCCGACACCACCACAACAACCACCACCACCUCGCACUCUGCACCACCGCCCCGCCACUGCCGCCCGCACCUCCCGCCGCGGCCCCGCCGGCGGCCGGACUAGAGCUCAGCCUGCUGGCCGCCCAGCUCCGCGCCCUGGCCGACAGCCUCUCGCCGCCCCCCGCUGCCGCCGCUCCGGCCUGGCCCGGGCAGGAGGCCGCCAUCUUCCCGCACGACGCCUCCUUGGCCUGUCUCCUAGGCAACGCGGCGGAAGGGGCGGGGCUUCUAGCCGCGCAUGCGCCCUGCGCCUACUACCCGCACCAAUAAAACGUUGGCUUUCUUCCCUUGUCAGCCUAUCGGCUUCCGUUCUGUCUGCGCGUGCGCCGCCCCGCCCCGCCCCUUCCGGUCGCGUUGCUUUCCCU